AUGACGCAUCCCAAGCUAGAGAACGUCCUGGAAGAGACGGGAGAGCCCUCCACCACUUCGAGUGAAGGAGGCAGCGGCCUUGGAUUGGAAAGCCAUGCCCACGAGGAAUCGAUGGAGACCAAACUCGCCACGUUGGAGGAGUCAAGCUAUGACGAAGAAGACGACUCAUGGUCUGACGAUGACACGACGACGAAUGAAGAGUCGUCUCAUCGUUCAGCGUCCAAACACGGUAGUAUCUCCUCUGUCACAUCGGCAGCCUUGGGCAUUGGGCUUGGCAUCCCACGCUACAUUCUGGCGUCCAAGUGGCUCGUCGCUGCCGUCCUCGUGGGCUGCAUGGUACUGGUCAGCUUCCUGAGCUUCAAGUACACCACCGGGGAAGAGCAAGCAGGGUUUGAAGAUCAGUUCCAUGACUAUGCCGACGAGAUUAUCGACCAGGCGACCGCCAACGUGGCUGCCAGCUUUAGGGUCCUUUCCAGCUUUGGCAAGACUGCUACGUCCUUGGCUCUGUUUGCCAACGAAUCCUUGACCUGGCCGCAAAUGACACUACCACACUUUGAAACUCGCGCCAGUGAUUUCCUCUUCAUCUCCAAGGCGCAACAAGUGGCGUUUGCCCCACUUGUCAGCGACACACAACGAUCUAUCUGGGAGUCCUACGCUCAAACCAACCAGCAGUGGCUUCAAGAAGGCAUUGACUUUGAGUACCUGCAGCGCAGCGAGGAUCAAGCUUGGAACGAAACAGACGUCCCGCGUCAGGCCCAACCCAUUCCGGCAUCCAUUUGGAAGUACGUGCAGAACAACAUGCCCAUGGUGGAAAAGCCACAGUCCUCCGGAUACUUGCCCCUCUGGCAAACCUAUCCUCCUCCUCGCGAAUCCAUCCAUGUCAACUACAAUCUUCUGAGCAACCCCAUGUUCGCCGACCUCGUCACCACCGUGUCGUCGACUCGCAGCGGCGUGCUGUCGGGAAUCACGAAUGACGACUUGGCGCUCUUCCAAGAUGAAACUGCAGAGCCUUGCCCGAAGAGCGUUUUGCUGCAACCCGUCUUUGAAUCCUUUGAGGCCGGUUCCGCCAUUGUUGCCGUCGUCUUUGAACUGCUCUCGUGGGGCGAGAUCUUUAAAGGGAUUCUCCAUGAUGCCGCAACACCCGUCAUGUGUGUUCUUCAUGAUUCCUGUGGCAAUUCGUCCUACAGCUACCAAGUUUCGGGAAUGGAGACGACGUUUCUGGGAGUCGGAGAUUGGCACAAUGACAAGUUUGAAAGCCUCGCCGUUGCCUCCAACCUGACAUCACCCAGCAACGUGUGCUCCUUUACACUUCAAGUCUAUCCUACCGAUGAAAUGGAAGAAGCUUUUCAUACAUCCAUGCCUCUCUACAUCACACUGGCGGUCGUUGCUGUAUUUUCCUUUACCUCCCUCGUCUUUCUUCUCUACGACCUGGUCGUCCAGCAACAGCACUCCACCUUGGUGGCAGCCGCCACGAAAACCACCGCCAUUAUCGGGAAUCUCUUUCCUCAAGAAGUACACGAACGUUUAUUCUCAUCCACCUUGGCCGCUGACAAGUCUCAUGCCGCCCCAAAGUUCAAAAUGAUGUCAAUGAUCUCUGAAGAAGACAGGCAAAAGGGGGCCGCUGCAGGAACAGCCGACACGGCUAUGGAGGAAGGAAAGAAGAAGAAAGAUGCCCCCAUUGCAGAUUUGUGGCCUGAUUGCACCGUACUGUUUUGUGAUAUCUGUGGAUUCACGGCGUGGUCAUCAGUCCGACAACCAACGCAGGUCUUCCACUUGCUCGAAAGCGUUUACAAUGAAUUUGAUACUAUUGCUCAUAGGCGGAACGUCUUCAAGGUGGAAACAAUUGGGGACAGCUACCUUGCGGUAACAGGACUGCCAACACCAAGAGAGGAUCAUGCAGUUGUGAUGGUGAAGUUCGCAUACGAUUGCCUUACGAAGAUGCAGGCUACAGCCCAGGCUCUGGAGCUGGAGCUUGGCCCCGGAACAUCAGAAUUGACGAUGAGAUUUGGUUUGCACAGUGGCCCAGUAACAGCGGGUGUCUUGAGAGGGGAGAAGACUCGGUUCCAGCUCUUUGGUGACACAGUCAAUACAGCAAGCCGUAUGGAGAGCACCGGGGAGCGCAGUAAGAUCCAGGUCUCCCAAGAGACAGCCGAUCUUCUGAUUGCAGCUGGUCGUGAUAAGUGGCUUACUGCGAGGGACACGAAAGUGUUGGCAAAGGGUAAAGGAAAGCUCCAGACCUAUUGGUGUCAUCCAAGAGCACAUGGAUUCGAAAGGAGCAUGUCCGAGAUGUCUGAUGUGAUGCAGGUAGCAACACCACGUCCAAGCUUGAGUUCAGGAAUGAACAUGAAAAGCUUGGCGAUCCUACAUGACACGAUUGCGUCUGCGGAUGGCCUGGGUGAAGGUAGAAAGCGAUCUGUGCAUUGGAUCUCCGAAAUAUUGCACAAGAUCUUGAAGCAGAUCCUUGCACGUCGAUCUGCAUCUGGCUGGAACAUCAUGCUGAUCAAGAAGAUGAACGAUGCUCCUUCCAGCAUCGUCGCACCUAAUGGCGAUGAAGGCAGACUUGCUAUUGAUGAGGUAAAAGACAUUAUCAUGCUCCCCAAGUUUGACAGAGCGAUGGUGAGAAAAGAAGCCGAUUCCUCCUCCGUCAAGAUACCUGCACCUGCUUUGGAGCAACUGGACAACUACAUCUCGCAGGUAGCGCUCCUGUAUAGAGACAAUGCAUUUCACAAUUUCGACCAUGCAACACAUGCCACAAUGGGGGUUUCAAAACUGUUGGCACGAAUUGUCCAGCCAGAACUGGAUUACACCAAGGAUAAGGGACGGCAUUUUGAGUCCAAGAGGGUGCAAACAAAAGCUGAAGCUGUCUCACCAGUUGAAUUCUUCGCUCCUUCCUACUCUGUCUGUGUUGGCCUCCUCGACCAUCAAACCUAUGCAGAUCAUACAUAUGGCAUUACUUCGGACCCUCUGACUCAGUUCGCAUGUGUAUUUGCCGCCCUUAUCCAUGAUGCUGACCAUCCUGGGUGCCCGAAUGUUUCCUUGGUCAACGAGCAAACAGAACUGGCGGUGAAGUAUGAAAACAGAAGUGUAGCAGAGCAGAAUUCCUUCGACUUGUGCUGGAACAUGCUCAUGGAUGACAAGUACAAGGAUUUGCGAUCGUGCAUUUACGCAACAGAUGAGGAGGGGAAACGAUUUAGACAGCUCGUCAUUAAUAGCAUCAUUGCAACGGACAUUUCCGACAAGACACUUAGUGCGCAACGCAAGGCACGGUGGAUGAAGGCAUUCCACAGCCAGUCUGCGGAUGGGGACGCAGACGGCGAUUACGAGGAAUCAAAUGAAGAGGCCGUCAACAGAAAGGCCACAAUUGUGAUUGAACAUCUCAUCCAAGCAUCGGACGUGGUACACACAAUGCAACACUGGCAUAUCUACAUCAAAUGGAACGAGAAACUUUUCCAGGAGAUGCACCAGGCCUUCUUAGAUGGCAAAGUAGAAAAGGACCCGUCCGAAUCGUGGUAUGAAGGCGAGCUGGGGUUCUAUGACUUCUAUAUCAUACCUUUGGCCAAGAAGCUCAAGGAAUGUGGUGUCUUCGGUGUGUCGAGUGCGGAGUACCUCAACUAUGCCACGGCAAACAGAAAGGAAUGGGAGGUGCGAGGCAGAGAGGUUGUUGCUGGCUAUGUCGCCAAGUACGCCAAAAAGUCUGGCAAGACGAAGUCGGCAAGGGAUCUUUGGAGAGGCAAACCAUAG